AAAUCUGAGUUUCGCGGGAGGGUUCUUGAGCGCGUAAACCGUAUCCCUUCAUUCAUCAGGCCGUUUCCUGAAGCCAUUUCUAGACGGGGGAAACGAGAGUUGCGCUACUUUUUAAUCCGUUGCAUCUGCCUAAAUGCACUUUCUGAGGGAAAAAUACUUUUCAGAAAUCGAUAGUUCAGACACUCGUCUUUACUUUGGUCUGAUUAUUUUUGUAACCAUUGCGGCGGAUUAGCAGCUAUACGAGCUCGAAAGUUCCGAGAUAAGAAAGGGGUUACCCUGAAUACGCAAGAUGAGAAGAGGGACCUCCUCGGCUCAGGAAAAAGUGAUUUUAGCAGGGGUUGGAGGCUCUUCUCUGGAUAAUAAUAUAAUUUUAACAGCUCUCUCGGAUCGUUUGAACCCCGGUCAAUCUAACGCUACGUAUAUCCAAAUAAUAACCACACCACCGCCUUGCAACAUUACACAGACAUCAAAUGUGUGUUUAUCCGAGCCUCAGAUUAACAACAUUUACACAACUCCACAACAAGCUGCAGCAAACGCAGCCGGACAACGACCCGCUCUGGGAAGACCGCCGGCAAAAAGGCGAUUGGCACUCGAUGAUUCGGACCACCAGUACCAGACAGAACCAGCCAAAACUCCAAGAGGUAGAGGAGGAGCCGCGGCAUCAAAUGGGGCACGGCUGAAGACACCCAGAACACCCAAGUCUCCACCAGAGAAGACGCGGUACGACACAUCUUUGGGCCUCUUAACAAAGAAGUUCGUGGACCUUCUUGCUCAGUCUUCCGAUGGUGUUUUGGACCUCAACCUUGCUGCUGAAACCUUACAGGUACAGAAAAGGCGGUUGUAUGAUAUCACCAAUGUACUAGAAGGCAUUCACCUCAUCAAGAAGAAAUCCAAGAACAACAUUCAGUGGAUGGGCUGUAGUCUGUUGGAGGUCGAAGGGGCGCUGAGCCAGAGACAGAGACUGACAGCUGAAGUUUCUGCGCUGGCUGAUGAAGAGCAGAGGCUCGAACAACUCAUCCAGAGAUGCUCACUGGAUAUGAGACACAUGAGCGAGUUGCCAGGCAACCAGAAAUAUGCUUAUGUAACAUACCAAGAUAUCAAACAAGGGAGCCUCAGAGACCAGACGGUUAUUGUCGUCAAAGCGCCCACAGACACCAAACUAGAAGUGCCGGACCCUGAAGAGAGUUUAUCCAUACACCUGACCAGCACAAAGGGUCCCAUAGAAGUUCUGCUGUGCCCCGAUGAGGAAAACGACCCCAAGAGUCCCGUAAAAAAUGGGAACACAGACAUCAAUGGGAACUCUCCUUUCCUCAAAGUCCUUCAAGAUCCCAGCUGCACAACCACUUCUCCUAACCCCUUUCUGGCUCCACCUCCCUCCUCUUCCUCAGCUGUCUCCGUCACAACUCUUUCACCCAUCUCAUCCACUUACACCAGUCUCCUGCAGCAGACAGAAGACCAGAUCCCCUCAUCCCUGGGUCCUUUCUUAAACCUUGGGCCUACUCUUCUGGACCAAGAAGAUGACUACCUGUUAGGUUUGGGAGACGACCAGGGAAUUAGCGACUUGUUUGAAUCCUGUGACUUUGAUAAAAUGCCCUCUCUUGGCCUGGAUGAGCUCCUGGGCAGCUAGCAUUAGGUGAACAAAAUGGACGGAAACACAGAGGGCUUUUUCUGUCCCACAGGGAGUACCGUGUUCUUUCAUGGUAUAACUAACAAACGUCAUCAGCAGUGUAAAGCCUUUGAUCUCCUUUUUAGUGGAUGCUAAUUUACACAGCUGGUUGGUUAAAUGUAAAUGGGGAUGGGAAGGGUAUCCACAUCUUUGUAUGGGUGUUACUAUAGAGAGACAGCAAAGAGAGAACAGCUAUAAGGAAACGUCCCCCACAGUGCUUGGCAUGACCUCACAUCUGGGGUUAUUGCAUUGUGUUGAGCAUAACCGUGCAGUUACCAAAAAACACCCUCGAGAUUGGGAAAGGAGAAAAAUCACAUUGUCAACUCUUGAAGGAUCCUGUCUGGGAAUUUGUUUUGGCAAGGAAAAGGUCGAUCUUCUUUGUUUUAUCGUCGGGUGUGCAGAGCUACCCAGGUAACGCUUUAGGUGUGUUACUGCCAAGUGCUGUGGGUAGAGUUCAAGCUGAUUUCAUCCACAACAAUGAUCUGUGACCGAAGGCUUUUACUGCUGACUGUUAAAUAGCCAUCUUGUGUGUGCACAUAUGAAACAUUUUUGGAAAUUAUAAAAAAAAAAAUAUAUAUAUAUAAGAAUGGAAACAGGGCUGAUUUUGAUGCACAGCACUCGCAACAUAGUUAGAAUAGUUAGGUUAUACUCUGAACUUUGUAAUCAGCCUAAGUAUUGGGUACAUUUGGGUGUCCAUUGAAAAAUUAUUGUGGAAAAUAACCAGAAUAUGCACUCUGGAGUCAUGGAAGAAAGACAUUUAUGCCACAUAUUCCAGUGUCUCAUCUCCUGACAAAUACACAACUUGCUAAGUUGCUAAAGGAAGCUGGAAAAGCCAUCAUUUCUUGCCAGUGGGUAAAUCUGAACACGUGAUGUGCAAACUUAAAAAUCAUCUCCACCCUAUACUCUUGAUUUGGCGUAUUUGGCAGUUGACGCCUCGACUCUCGCUGCUUUUUACCUUUCCCAUCUUCAUCAGCAGUAGCCGGCAUAACUGAAUCCCUUAAUGCCUCCUCACUUAGACUGUGUGCAGUGCAAUUAUACUGUGGAUUGAGCUAUUCAGAGAAACUUGUGUUCGAAUCACUUACCACUCUGUGCGCACUUCCUGCUCGGUGUGUACUGAGACUGUUGUUGGCUCUUUUUAGCUUCAAUAACUGUUGAAUUUUAAUGGAUUUUAAAACUGUAGAAAUUACUUAACGUCUUGGGUCAUCUAAGGGGGAAAAAAAACAGGAUGAGAUAGCCACUUAUUUAAACUUCAGCAUGUAAUGAAGGGCUUUUUUCCUCUGUAAGAAAAUGUUAAAAAAAAAUACAGCUAUUUUGUAAUUUAAGUGAAUUCAGCGCAACUAAACCGUAGUGACUUGUGUUUGUUUAGAGCUACUGAAUUUACCGUGAUUAGCCAGCAAAAAAGGCUUGAUUACUUGCUGAAAAACAAGCUGAGAGGAUGUAAUUUUUUUCCCACUUUAGGUAUUAGAAACACCAUCACAGUCCACUACCAGUAGCUUGUCUGAUUACAUCCCUUAUAAUAGUGAAGUGCAAAGAGACCUUGGCUUUUAGAGAUCACAGGUGAUAUUGCUGCUGUUAUUGUUGACUUAUCCCUGCCCGACCUGAUUGACGUGUGCUUGAGGAAUCACGUGUGUGAGUUAAUGUCAGAGUCGAGCUUGCGUUAAAGAGUAAGCCUGCCCGUGUGUAAAUUGAUGUACAGUUUUCUAAUUUUUUUCAGUGCACAAGGUACUGUAGGCUACCUCUCACUUAAUGUUGCAAAAUAGAAAAUAGGGCGUUAAGAGAUAAAUGCCAUAGUUUGUAUGAUUUUUGAAUUCUUUUGUUUUAGGAAUUGCCCGCAGUUUAUUUAGCAGUCAUGUCGGAAACCCCGACAUUAUAGUGGGAAUACCGUUGGCCAAAAGCCAGACUUAUACUGUCACAUAUUAAUUUUCACCACUGGGGUGCACAUUUGAAGCAUAGAAAAGUGGAUGAAUGUAUUGCAAUAUAUUUUUUUAGUGUGUGUCGUUUUUGUUUUGCUUUUUUCUCCAAUAAGUUAUUUAGCUCCUGUGUCAGUGUUUUUGUUUUAAUUAUGUUUUUUAAAUGGAGAGGCACCACUUAGACACAGGCAGUGAUUCGCAGUUGGUCUAUCUGGUCAUGCAGAGACAUUUCUGUGUUUUUCGCAUCCCUGGUUUGGCUGUUCUCUGUUGGAAGUGUGUAGGAACUUUUGGAAACUUCCCCCCUGAUAUUCCUUACCAUUUUUGCAAUUCUCAGUUUUUUUGGAGAGUAGUGAUGCCUCUCCAAGUGCCCCUAUUAUGCUCAUGUACAACCUCUGUUUCAUUAUUGCUAAAGGAGCUAGAAUAUGUUUGCGUGCUUUAAUGUUCAAAGAACACAUUAUACCGUACAUUGCUGCAGCAUUUCUGUUCACUUUGUCUGAAACUUGCACUUGUGUGCCUUGAAUACUCCGCUCCCAAUAAUCCCCACAGUCUGCACUAAAUGACUAGUUGGCAU